AUGGCACAUGAACACAAAUGUUGUAAUAAACAGAAAGUGAAGCUAGGUACUUGGUCGGCUGAAGAAGAUGAAACACUUUUCGCUUACGUUAUAAAUCAUGAUCAAGUCAAAUGGAGCUUCGUUCCAGAACAAUUAGGACUCAAAAGAUGUGGGAAGAGUUGUCGAUUAAGAUGGAUUAAUUACUUGAAUCCAAAUAUAAAGCGUGGAAAUUUCACCACUGAAGAAAUUAGUCUUAUAUUCAGCCUCCAAAACUCAAUUGGCAAUAAGUGGGCACAAAUUGCAAAACAUUUGCCGGGUAGAACAGACAAUGAGAUUAAAAACUUAUGGAACUCAAAGCUAAAGAAGAAGAAGAAGUUGUUGGUAUCCAACAAUCAACCCAAUGAAGCAUCUUCCUCAUCUGAAACCAUCCAUCAUAUCUACAUUCUUGAAUCAUUUGAUCAACGUCACCAUCCUCGAACUAACAUCUACAACUUUCAACCAAAUCAUGGACCAAAAAUGCAUUCAUCAGUUGAUUGUAGUCUUAGUGAAGAACCACCAAUGACUCGAGUCUACACAAUACCUCCGUAUGCUUUAUCAUCAAUGGCAUCAAAUAAUGGGCCGAUAAUGUCGAGCGUCCAACAUGGUCAUGGAUUGUUGAAGUCAAGUGUCUCAUAUCCAAUGAGUUACACAUCAAGUAUAUGGAUGACCCCAACAAGUUAUGCUCAUAAUUAUCCAACUAAGGGUCUCAUGCAUACAAACUUGAUUACUGGGAUUGAUAAUGAUCAACCUUAUUCUUCUCAGCAUUGUGAGAAAGUUGAUAUUAAUAAGUUCUUCAAUUUUGAUUUAUUUGAGGAGGACCCAAUGAAAGUUGAAGGAAGCGGGGAUAACAACAGUCAUGUUAUAUACUCAGAUUUUGUUCUUGAAAGUUGGUCCAAAGGUUAG